AUGCUUGAAGAGGUUCCCGAGAAGUUGAUCAGUCGCAUUGAACAGGUUCUGGAGCUUGUCUGUCAGAUCUUGAACCCGGAAACCCUGCCAAGUCAAACGGACGAUAUCAUCGCUGUGGCACUGAGUCUCUUGAAUUUAGUCAUUACUUCGCCAACAUUCAAGAGAUCGAAUCUGAAACCACGUGGCCUCGAAGUCUUAGAAACAAGCCUGGAGAAGCUGGGCAGCGGCAAUCAUCCAACAGUAUCACCAACAGCAAGAAGCUUGGGCUUGUUGCUCCAGUAUCGUGAUGCAGCGGGUGGCGAAGAUGAGAAGGAUGGGUUUGUACCCAAUGCAAAGCAGUUUGAGGACAGAGCCACAUACAAGCUCGCCAUAUCAUACAUCACACAAGCAGAUAACCCUCCCCCCGUUCGCUCGGAAGGUCUCAACCUCAUAUCAGGCCUAAUCCUGGCAAACAGCACCGCUCUGGACGUUCAGGCUGUUCUCGUCCUUCUCUCCUCUCUCAUGCAAGAUGCCGAGGACUAUAUCAACCUGCGUGUCAUUAAGGUCUUCACGCAGAUGGCCAACAAGCACCCAAGGCAACGUCGCGCGAAAUACUUGAUCACUACUUGGAUUCGAAAGAACGCUCAACAACAGAUACGAGGUUGCGCUUCGGAGAGGCGCUCCUGCAAGUCAUCGAGCGCUUGGGGGAAACAUUUGCAGGAGAUGUUGCCCGCCAUGUCACCGAGACGCUUUUGUCGAUUGCCGGCCGACGAGGCUACCGACCUCAGACGGAAGCAAGACAGGCACAUUGUUGAGGGCUGGGAAAGCAAGCGAGGGAGCGAAGAUGUUCGCAUGCGUUCUUCUGCCCUGUCUAUCCUUGCGGGUGCAAUGGAAACCAACGUUUCUGGUGUUGGACCAGAUCUCGUGUCAGCCUCCGUAGACCUAUGCGUUAACGUUCUUACGCUGGAGCCAGAGCUGGAAAAGGGGAUACUGCGGAGAGCGGCUGUGCUCCUCAUAUUGAGCUUUGUCAAGGCUCUCGACGUAGCAAGGCAAACCGGGCGGAGGAUAGGCUUCGGAUUGACGGACAACAGCAGGAAUGAUAUCUUGCGCGUCCUUAAGUACAUUGCCAUCUCCGACAACGAUGGCCUGGUACAGCAGCAUGCCAGAGAUGUCAUUGAGAGUCUGGAGAGCUGGCAGAUGGCUACACUUUUGCCCGCGAGAAGAGAUAUGCCAGCCGGUCCAAGCAUUGUUGGUCUUGCGGACCUGAACUUGCGCCAGCAAUUUGGCUCCCCGAGCGUCGGGCAACAACGGCCUAGGAUAGAAGAGGUUGAAUGA